AGCGCCAGGUGGGCGAGACGGAGCGCGCUCGCGCAAUUUACGAGUUGGCUAUCAAGCAGCCCGUACUGGACAUGCCCGAGAUGAUCUGGAAGCACUAUAUCGACUUUGAAAUCGAGAAUGACGAGCGUGAGAACACUCGCGCUCUGUACGAGCGGCUGUUGGAGCGCACGAAGCACGUGAAGGUCUGGAUCAGCUUCGCUCAAUUCGAGGCAUCAUCGCCCGACGACAAGGACACGCAAGGAGAGAACCUGGAGGCGGCGCGCGACGUAUUUGAGCGCGCACUGCGCUACAUGAAGGACCAGGGCGGAGAGGAGCUCAAGGAGGACCGCGUGCUGUGCAUGGAGACGUGGCUGGAGAUGGAGAAGAAGGGCGGCGACACCAAGAUGAUUCAGAAGGUCAGCGACAUGCUGCCGCGGAAGGUCACCAAGCAGCGCAUGGCGUACGCGCAGGACGGGGUAUGCAUGGAGCUGUUUGUGUUGCUUGGGUCUGCUAUGUAUGGAUGGUUCUAACGCUGUUGCUGUGUAUUGUUUGUGCGCACAGACGGAGUUGGGCCUCGAGGAGUACACGGACUACAUCUUCCCGGACGACGAGCAGGCCCAGUCGCACCUCAAGCUGCUGCAGGCUGCGCAGCUCUGGAAGCAGAAGAAGCGCGCGCGCGAGGAGGCCGAGAACACAGCAGAGGCCUCGGACUAAUGCAAUGUAUUACAGCUUUCGUCCAUCGGCCGCUUCAACGUACUGUGUUGUUGAAGAGUGGUUGCCGUUUCUGUCUCAUCAGCUACCACCUGUCAAUCCCGAUAUCAUCACUUCUAAAGGGAUUAGCGCCUAUCAUCGCUCAUCUCGAUCAUUUCAUUGAGUCAUUAGCUUUUUUGAGGCUCACAAGCGCCGCGACCAUGGUUCUUCCUGUGCGUUCACUGCUGCCUCCUGGGGGCUGCACGCGUGCUCUGCUUGCGCGCGCAGGUGCAUCUUGUAGCCGUGGAUCUCCUCUAUCUCGUGGUGCAGCUUACAGCGCGCGAUACGCUUCCAACGCGCCGCCGCGCCAAGUCUUCGCGGAUCCCUCGGUGGGUAUAGGCAGCCUCCCGCUGGCGCCUGAGGAGACGCAGGCGGAGCGCGAGCUGCUCAACUCGCUGCCGGAGUUCCAGGAGGCGGCGCAAGUGCUGCUGGGCCAGGGCGGAGACGAGGCGCGGCUGCUGCCCAACUGCAAGCGCGCCGAGAAGGCGCUGCCCAAGCUGCAGCGCACCGUUGAGAUCUGCCGCUCGGCCAUGGGCUUCCAGAGCGUGUACCUGCAGGCGGCGCUGCGCCACCUGGUGGCCACGCUCUUCAUGAAGGGCGACGUGGCGGAGGCGCGCAAGGUCAUGCAGGAGCGCGGCGACGUGAUGCAGUGGCCCGUGGCGGAGCACGAGCGCAUGCUGCGGCUGCUGCUGCGCGCCAACCUGCCCCAGGAGGCGGCGGCCUGGUGCCAGAAGGACGAGUUCACCAAGCUCUACCCGAAGGACGCGACGGUGCCACUCAAGUGGUCGCUCUACGAGCUCAUCGGCACGGAGCUCAGCGGCGGAGCCGAGCAACUGGCCAAGGCCGUGGAAGACCCGCUGUUUGUGCAGGCCGUGGAGACGCUCAGAGAGAAGAAGGACGUCGUGCUCAAGCACGAGGAGGCGAGCGACUUGAAGGCCAGUGAGGUGCAGCUGGGACGCGAGAUCCCGUACCUGCUAGCGCAGUACGCGUCGCUGUCGGUGGCCAGCACGCGCGCGCUGGAGAGAGACCCCAAGGCGGACCCCAAGGCUCCGCCGUCUGACGCGCAACUUGUGAGCUUGAACCAGGCUGAAGUUCUGUACAAGGAGGCGCUGGCGUGGGUGGAGAAGACGGCUGCUGAAGAUGACAAGGACGCGCUGCUGGCUUCGGGCCCGAACGCUCCGUUUGGAGCGUGGGUUGAGACCAACCUUGGCGAGCUGCUGCUGCGCAAGAACAAGCCUGAGGAGGCGAUGGAGUGGCUGGGCAAAGCCAUGAGCACGCUGCAGGCAGAGCAGACCGGUGUCGGAGGCAGCGCGCUGGCGAUGACGCGUGUACUUGGGCAGAUUGCCCGCGGUUGCCACACCAUGGGCCAGGCCGUGACGAGCGAGGGCCUCUUUGUUACGGUGGUCGAGUCAUUUGAGCGUGAAUCCAAGCUUUCUGCAACAGAUCGUGUCGAGUUCGCUCGCGUGCUUCGCUCGUACGGUGAUCUGCUGGCGAACUGGGAAAAGCGUGAGGCUGGUGCCGCCAAGCGGUACGCUCAGGCCGAGCGCGUGGAGAAGGAGAUUGCAGAGAUGUGCAAGGCCAACCAGAGCGCCGCCGCGCUGCACCCCGUAUUUUAUUUGCCGCUGUGAGGGGGUGAAGGAGUCGGCAACAAGGAGCUCUGAUAUGCUUGAUAGUCGAGCAAACAUAAGUAAGCUGUAAAUGGUGCGCCUAAUGGAAUACUCGGCUUUUCACGUGCUACUGCUUGUUCAUUUCAUCCAGGGGGGUUUCGGUUAUCCACACGCAGGGACACUGGGCAACGAGACUGCACUACAAAAUGUCUCGUCAAUCCUGCAGACUUGAAGACGAAAGCUCAGUCCAUGUCGACAGCAACGUAAUCGUGGCGAUACGGGGGGCUUUGAGCGUGCCUGCGAGUAGGCUGGACACCACUUUGAACAAGUCGCUCGGAUCCCGCCAACGAGAUAGCGCAAAACAAGAAGAGGAACGAUACCCCCAUCUACGAACAGCAACGCAAAUACAUCAGCACGUGGGAGAAAGAUCACAACAAGUUCCAACAUCACCGACGUACCAGCAACAUCCACGGCAUGAUAAUGUCAAAGCUGGACAUGCUCUUGCCCUCCAGGCGAUCCGCGAGCAGGAAGAAUGGCGCUACGAGCAUCAAGAUAAUGCCGGCAGUAAAGACCGCGUCCAGGAGUCGGUGCGCGGACGUCGAGUUGAUGUACUUCUUGACUGGGUACCAGCAGAGAUAGGCCACCAGUAUCCACACAGGCGUCAACACGCGCCACCAGCUCGAAGCGUCCAAGCUGCCAUCCACCUUCAUACCAAUGAGCAGCGCUUGAGCGAUGCGCAGCAGCGUCAUGAUCGACUUGCGCACCACGGCCUUCACCAGCAUCCUCCGCUCCUCCACAAUGGCCGCCGUCUCCGAGAAACUGGCGCCGACCGUGUCAUUCACGAGCAUAUAGUUGCCCAGUACGCCGCCUGUCACCGUCUCGAGCAGGUUGAGCACCUCGUAGACGAAAUACGGCGCCAAGACCGCCACGAGGCUCCAGUCCACAACUCCAUCCAACUUGAGCGCGAUGAAAACUUGCACCACCAGUAGCAGCAACUCCUUGACAAAGGAGUAAAGCUUGCCGUCUGCAAACACCAGUGAGAAGAGCAAACUGCCGUAGUAAACGACGUUCAGCACCCACAGAGGGGUGAAGACCACCCUCCACGAGUUGGAGAUCAACUCGUCCGCUUUCAGACAGCACAGAACUGCAGCGAAAAAAGUCACACAAUUAGUUGCCACUCUGCUGGUAUAAAGUAUGGAGUAGCAUGACGUACUGGGGAUUGCGAGCACGAAGAAGAAGUGCACCAUAGCCAGGAGCAGCGUUAGGCAGCGCCCGCGGAAGCCGAAACCCCUCACGGUCUCAUACACGUCCUGCGCGAUGCAAUAAAUGCACUUAGUUAGAUACAAUAGUGCGCGGGCAAUUGCUACACAAGCAGCGCACCUCGACACUCCAGCCGUUGAAGCUCAUGCUGAGGCGAGGACUCCACUGCGCUCCGGCGUCCGUGGUGGCAACUUGGUUGAUGGGGGUGGCCCACCACGUCAGGCGAAAUGCCAAUUGAAGGCUAGGUGUGGAAAUCAGUUGAUGGGGGAGAUCUGAUUGGCUGAACAGCUGCGGUCUAUAUAGAGAAGCAGGCUUGUAAAGCUGUUCGCAAAAGACAGGUAACCUCCAUUUGCUGUUCCUGUCUGAUAGAUAUGGUUUGGUAGAGAGCUCUGUCUGCUAACGUCUGGGGGCAUCACUGUCAUGCUGUACAUGUAGAUAGAGGUGGUGGUGAUUGUGUUGGAGUGAACUUCAACUUGGUAGGUAGGAUAUGCCUUUCACUUGUCCUUGCCCUUGUCGGCCAAGCUCGCCACGACCUCUGCGACUGAAGCUCGCAGCACAUUGUUUGGGAUGAGUUCCAUGGGCGUUUGGCCGCCUCUGUCUUCAGCAGUCAGGUCGGCGCCGUGCUCUAGCAGCUUCUGCCACAUGAUCGGGAAGAGCGCUAGACGCGCCGCCUGGUGCAAGGGUGUGUCCCCGAAGCGGUUGCGCUGGUUCACAUCAGCUCCAUGGGCAAGCAGUACAUCCAUCAGCUCGAUGUCGUAGCGACGCAUGGCGUGAUGCAGCGGCGUGGCCGUCGCCGUGUUCGCGGCGUUCACAUCGGCACUAUGCUCCAGCAGCAACCUGGCCAUCUGCAGCUGCACAGACUCCUCCUCUUCCUCCUCACUGUCACUGAUGUACUCGUCCAUAUCCGACGAGGUCAUGGCCGCAAGCAGCAGCAGUGCUGUGUUGUCCUGGUAGUCCGUCGCGUUCACGUCCGCUUGUCCUUCCUCGAGUAGCAGCUUGGCCAUGCCAAGCCUCGCCUUGCUAACCGCCAUGUGCAGCGGCGUGGCCAUCCUCCUGUUCGCCAGAUUCACGUCCGCACCCAUGCCGAACAAUUCUCUGGCCACUUCCAGUUGGGCGCAGUCCGCCGCGUAGUGCAGCGCUGUGUUGCCCAGCGAGUCGGUGGCGUUCACCUCCUCCCUGACACUGGAUCCUUU